UGCAGCACAACUUGCCAGACGGGGCUCUUCGGACUGGUGAAUAUUUCUCCAUCAAGCGCUUGCACUACCCUCAUGCCUGCCUCAUAUGUGGGUCCUUGACUUUGAAAGGUCUGGGAAGCCCUGAGGCUAAAAAAUCCUAGGCGCGGGCACGAGGUCAGUUCAGCAGCGCGCGCUCCCGGCACCGAGUGUGCAGAUUUCCCAGCCUUUCAGUCAGUCCGGUCGCGGCUCCCGGAAAGACUCCCACACUGCCUCAGCGAUGCCGUACCCGGUCAACGGUUUUCUCCGCAAAACGUCUACCUCAGAUGAUCAGUCGUAGUCCGAGUGUGUGUCUGAGCCGCGCAUUUCUGCAGUGCGAUGCUGACAACAUGUUUCCUCGUCGAGGAGCCCUGCGCUGUGCAGCAUAGAGGAGGCAGCAGAGUGGAGCAGCGGGUACAGUUACAGCGGACAGUUGCAGUAAAGCAGCAUCAUGGAGGCUGGAUGCGUGGUUGCCGCGGUGAUUGAGAAUGCUGCCUCAGGACCCGAGGGAGAACCAGGAAGUAGUGACGUCCUUGAGAGUGACGUGUUACCGUCUACCGAGCUGGACAAAGACGAUGCCUUACCUCAAGCCACUAACAGUAAUCCUCUAGAGGAGAAACAACCACAGGAGACAUCCACUGCCAUGGCAAGGAGCGAUGACAUCACAGAGCACCCGGCUGAGCCCAUCCUGCGUUCCUGCGUCAGCACAGCCAGCAUGAAGGUCAAGAACAUGAAGAAGCUGACUUUUCCCAGAGGUCACUUUCCCAGAUUGGCAGAGUGUGCCCAUUUCCACUAUGAGACAGUUGAUUUUGGCAAUGUUCAGCUGGCCUUUGCAGAGGGGCAGAGUGAAGGACCAAAGGCUGGGCUGGACUCCAAGGAGCUGGUCUUUCUGGUCCAGAUCACUUGCCAGGGUCGAAACUGGCUGGUGAAGAGGUCUUAUGAAGACUUCCGGGUGCUGGACAAGCAUCUGCACUUGUGUAUAUACGACCGUCGUUACUCCCAGCUCACUGAGCUGCCGCGUUACGACACGCUGAAGGACACCGAUGAGUCAGUAGCCACAAUGUUGGCAACCUACCUGUCCCGCUUCUCUAACAUCGCUGACAAUAAGAUCAACUGUGGUCCGGUAUUAACAUGGAUGGAGAUCGACAACAAGGGGAACCAUCUGCUGGUGUCUGAAGAAGCUUCAAUCAAUGUCCCCGCCAUCGCCGCUGCCCACGUCACCAAGCGGUACACAGCCCAGGCCACAGACGAACUCACAGGUUUUGUCGUAUCACAGUUUCUGUCUCUCCCCUUUAGUCCUCUCAGUCUCUCUUCUCUCUUCUUCCAGGUUGGUUUCUUCCCCUGUGACUGUGUUGAGCUGAUAAAUGACAAGAUUCCCCCCAGUGUUCAAAGCUCAGUGCCAAAGCCAGUGUGUAAGAAGCAUGGAAAGCUGGUAACGUUCCUGAGGUCUUUUAUGAAGUCUCGACCGCCGCCGCAGAAGCUCAGGCAGCGCGGCAUCCUCCGAGAGCGCGUGUUUGGCUGUGACCUGGGGGAACAUCUCCACAACUCAGGACAUGAGGUGCCCCAGGUUGUUAAGAGUUGUGCAGACUUCAUAGAGAAACAUGGAGUCGUGGAUGGGAUCUACAGGCUCUCAGGGAUCUCUUCCAACAUUCAGAAACUGAGGCAUGAGUUUGACUCUGAACAGAUCCCAGACCUGAGCAGAGACGUCUACACACAGGAUAUCCACUCAGUGGGCUCUCUCUGCAAACUGUACUUCAGGGAGCUGCCCAACCCUCUUCUCACCUACCAGCUCUACGACAGAUUCUCAGAGGCUGUGUCUGCACCCACAGAUGAGGAGAGGCUGGUCAAAAUCCACAAUGUCAUCCAGCAGCUGCCUCCUCCACAUUACAGGACACUGGAGUUCCUCAUGAGGCACCUCUCCCAACUCGCCACCUUCAGCUCCAUCACUAACAUGCACACAAAAAACUUAGCUAUCGUCUGGGCACCUAACCUCCUCAGGUCCAGACAGAUCGAGUCGGCCUGCUUUAGCGGCACGGCCGCGUUCAUGGAGGUGCGUAUCCAGUCGGUGGUGGUGGAAUUCAUCCUCAAUAAUACUGAGGCUCUCUUCAGCCCCAAACUUAAUUCGAUCAUAAGGGAAAGUACUGGUAACAACACCUUAUCCAGACCAAAGUCCCUGAUGGUCUGCUCCCCAUCCACUAAGUUACUGUCUAUAGAGGAAGCUCAGGCUCGCACACAGGUACAUCUGGGCUCCCCGGCCACCACCCCCUGCCUCACCCACAGUGACUACAUCGAGGUCGGAGAGGGACCAGGAGCUCUCCUCGGCAAGUUCCACACAGUCAUCGAGCUUCCGAUAGAGAGCAGCAAGCGGCCUCCUGCUAAGGCUAAGAAGUCUCCAGUGGGGAACUGGCUCUCUUUUUUCCACCUGGGAAAAUCCCAUUCUGUGUCCAAACGUAAACUGAAGCGACACCCCAGUGAGCCUAACGAGAUAAAGAGCAUUGCACUGCCAGGGGGAAGAGGAGAUAGUGGCACUUUGCGCUCUACCAAAAGUGAAGAAUCUCUCACCUCUUUGCAAAAUUUACAAGGGGAGCCUCCAAGUUACCGUCCUCUCAGACCUCGUUCAACUAGCGAGGCCAUGUCUCCUGACAGUAAAGACGACCUCCACAAUGGCGGCAGUAAACGCGACCGCAAAACAAAACCGCCACACGAGAGUCACGCUGGUGCUGAUCGUGUCAGUGCUGCAGCAGGCAUUUCACCUCCACACCAGGAGGAUGACCUCGAUCUUUCUCCACCGGCUGCAGGCAUCUCUACGUUAGACUUUGACCCCAUGUCUUUUCAGUGCAGCCCACCUCCAGCAACCCCUGGACCGCAACACGGUAAAGAUGCAAACAAGUGGAGGAAGAAUGUUGGUUGUUCUAGUGAAUCAGAGCUCAUCUCUUCUCCUAACAACAACAACCUGGCCUGCCUACAGUCUCCAGACAUUAGUCCAGUGCUCAGUAAAGGUGUGAGGAAGGUUAGCUACAAGCAGCUCUCCCCUAAACUCAGGAAGAAAUCAUUUAAGACGCAAGCAGAUGUUCAGUCUGCAUCCAUGUCUCUGCCACCUCAGAGGGUUUCUUCUACCCCAGCGGAUAACAGUGACGCUCCACUGGCAGAUGGAAAAGGGCCCAAAGCGUCCUAUCAACACUGCAGCCCACUCAGCACAGCGAGCCAGGCAUCAGCUGUGACAGACCUCACUCCGUCUGCACAGAACAUGUCCGAUCCAGGAACAGAUAGACUUAUGAGUUCAGUCUCUGUUCUCCCUCCUCACCCUCCCUUGACGAGUGCCGCACGCAAGUUGGCUCUGGCUCUGGCUGAAACUGCCCAAAAGGCCAGCAGCGGCUCCCAAAGAAGAAGCAAUGUCCCUGUGCAUCCGCUUCACAGACCGGAAGCAUCUCACGUCCAGGACAGACCACCACGGCCCUCAGUCCUUGAUCUCAAAGCGUAUCCCCAGGAGUACAGCGGCUCUAACGUCUCCCCUGCUUCCCAGUGGCAAACAUCGGUGCACAGCCCUGCGGAGACCCACUGCUACUCUCAUCCUCUUCAUUUCCUGCCUCCGCACCUCUGCUCAGAGUCGCUGCAGGUCACCGACGGACAGGAAAGCAUGUGCAAUUUCACUCCCAAUGUCAGUCCGCUCGGGUCAGGGAGCUUGGAUGAAGGCAGCGCUGAGAGGAGGGACUGCAGAGAGAAAAAAGAGCUUAGCGAUGUCACGCAAACAGAGCACACCUAUCAGAGUGUUGGAGUUUCAACACCCACUCAGCCCGUCUACUCGCCUCAGAGCCCAUCGCCAUCUCCUGGAUACGUCAACCCGGACUCGAUAAACGUUUUUAAUUUCCGCUCCGUUCUGGCAGAGACCUCCAUGCCCGCAUCCGUCGAGGAGGUGUUUCCGCGUCCAUUACAGCCCUCCUUAACGCAUCAUUACAGCCCAGAAGAGGAGACGCCGCUCGGCAUGCUUGAGGAUGUCUACGGUAAUCAACAUUAUCAUCAUCAUCAUCAUCAUCACCGACCAGUUCAGGCAGCACGAAUGCCUGCACCUCACUGCCCUCGGCCUGAUGCUCUGCCGCUUCACCUUUCUGGGCCAAAAGGCUUGUACAGGCAGUCCUCCGAAGGCCGCUACAGCAGUUUAGGUUUAAGGCGCCCUUUGUCACCUCAGUACAGACGAUACCAUAGAGAUGAGCACCUUAUCAGUGGCUGCCACAGGCAACAAGGCCAGUGGCAGAGGUCAGAUGAUAGAGUAGUCGGCCACCCGGCCAUCCGCAGGGCUCGCUCCUUCCAUGCCCCUCAGAUUAGUCACUACGAGUUGGCAGAGACAGAAGUCCUGCCCCCUGACACCAUGUUUUAUGUCGAGCAGACAGCAGGCCAGGAAGCACCUUAUCAGAGGCUGAUUCAGACCGGUCUUCACCCUGUGCGGCCGCAGUUUGAGAACACACACGCUGACUACCACUACAGCCCCUAUUCAAAUGUGAACCCUGCAGAUGGCUCUCGCUAUUACGCAGAGCCCUGCCGGCAAAGCGGCAUCCGACACAGUAAGUCUUACACCGUGCGUUCCACAAGAGAAAGCGGACAAUCAGAUUACUACAACUACUCUCCUCAGCGCGUCCCCCCUGUGAACAGAGAGCUUUUCAUAGAAAGCAGGGACACUGUUGUUUAUGAGGCGAGAGACGCAGAAGUUUUCGAAAGAGUCUUAUAUCAACCAGUCGUGCAGGAGAGUAAAUCCAGACACAAAAACACAUAUCCAGCUGCGUCUCCUUGUGAGAGUCCCAUCUCGCUUGCUGACACAAGAAGUAGAGACAUCGCACACACGAGAAGCAAGUCAGACCCUGGAAAUGCCUGCCUCCUUUCCGCUGACAAGAUGGAAAGACAAAAUGUUAUCCUUACAUCCCCGACUUCCCAGAGGUCCCAAGCGGUAGACCCCGAGGUCACCAGGCGGCAGCGCGUUCACCGCUCAAGCGCGGACUCGGGGCCUUCCAGGCGGAUUCACAUCAAAGAGCGUUCCUCUCAGCAGCCAUCGCUUCGCAAAGUCCCCUCGCUCCCGGAAAGAGGCUGUCCUAACUUUAAGACCGUCGAGCACAACGACAGAAGCCAUACGCGAGGUCAUGACCAGGAUCGAUUAAUGACGACCAACGCUGUCAACAGCUACUCUGGUAUGGUGAAACCCAGCAUCCUCAGGAGACCCGGGAGGUCGCAGAGCACCAGAGAAAACCGUCACUACUACCACUACCACGCCAAAUCCCAAAUGGAUCCCGAACAUCUGGGAUCCUUUUCCAACAGAAGGACUCAGAGCACUAAAGUCAGGCCCACACAAUAUGACCACAUGGAGGGGUAUUACGCAGCACCCAGGCCUAAACCCACAAGAUCCGUUAAAGCCGUGGCAGGAUAUCUGCCUGGCCAGGGCUGCAUGUCGCCCCGCGGGCACAGACUGUUGUCCCAGGCUCUGGGUCAUGAGGCUUUUUAUCACGCUGCUCUGAGAUCAGAAGCCGGGGUCUACGAGUGAUUCUGACCACUGUUUUGUUUUUUGUUUUUUUUAUCUGAUUCCACAUUGGGGCCAAAGGAGAACAGCACUUUAUCCUCAGCCAGACCAACAGACUGUUGCUUUGAAAGUGUGUUUAUUUUAACCUUCAGGAGCUGCUACAAAAAGUGUGAAGUGAGGCUGCUGCUGGGGAUCGUACUGCCAGCGUUAGUGGUAGUUUCAUAUUUUUCCAGUGGCUUCCAGGGAAGCUAGAAGGCAACAAAUGAAUCGUAUGCAGGCGUUGUAUUGAAUGAAAAGAGUGUAAACACUAAGACGCAUGACGAGAAGAAAAUGUGUUUAAAAAAAGAAGAGAUUUUAUUUAAUGUCUAAGCAACACAACAAGGGAUGACAAGGUAAAUUAACUGGUUUUAUGAAUAUGAUUUUAAAGUUUAGAAUGUGUAUAAAAUAACAGUCAUUUUAAACGUAUAUUUCUAUAAAUAACACACAUCUAACAUGUGGCCAAUGUACUGUACAUUUGUUUUUUAUUCUGGUCUGCUCAGACUUCAACAAGCACUUUUAAGGAUAACUGUGUACGAAACACAUUGUCUUAACGUGGUAUACAUGAAGCCUCUUGAUAUACAGCGUAUCUAUUUUUUCCUGUAAGAAACGGCUUGCUCAGAAUCUUUGUUUGAAUUCCAAAUUAGCACUUUUUGGGAGGGUCGGUGAAACGGAAGAUAACCUCAUGCUUUCUAACUUUGCGCUUCUUUUUCUUUAUCACGCAUUGUGUAUUGCAAAAUGACAAUGAGUGCUAUGAUUUUUGAUUUCGUAUUCUCUUUUUCUUUCGUUAAGGUCGAACGCACCGCGGCAAAAUAUGCUUGAGAUGUACAUGCGAGUCAGCUCAUGCGGUUCGGUGAAAGUGUAUUUUGUGCGGCAUCGUGCUUUGGUCGCGUAAUGAAAGUUUCUUCGCUCUUCAUGGGGAACUUUUAACAGUGUGGUGUUUUACAUGUUUUAUUCAUUUAAAGAUGCUCUUUUAAAUUCUUAAUGUAGACGAGGAUAUUCUGUUAAGACAUGUUAAUUGACUUAUUUUAGUGAAAGUAAAGAAAAAAAAUAAAGAUAUAUUAUCAAUGA